AUGCCAAAGUAUACCUUUGUCACGGAAGAGGAGACCUCAUUGCCUGGCCACAAGCUGAUGAAAGAUUGUCUCACCCUCCUGUUCUGCGCAAACACCAGUGGGAACCCCUGCUUGCCUACCACUCAGAACUCACUGUCCUUCAAGAAACACAAGGUGAACAAAGAGCAGUUAAGUGUUUUGUGGCAGUCCAACCCAAAGGCUUGGGUCACACGCCUCUUGUUUGUGCUGUGGGUCAAUCUGGUUUUUGGUCCUGCUGUCAAGCAGUACCUUGUGGACAAUAACCUGCCACUCAAAGCCGUGCUGCUCAUGGACAAUGCUCCUGCUCAUGCUCCAGGCUUAAAGGAAGACUUGCUGGGGGACUUAAACUUCAUCACGGUCAUGUUAAUUCAGGUUAACACCACCCCACUACUCCAGCCAAUGGACCAGCAACUCUACACAAAGGAGCUUUUCCGGCGAUGCUUUGAGAUGACAGAUCGUGAGCUGUCUGCAGAUUAUCACCAUUGCCUGGGCCUGGGUUAG